GUUGCUCCAAAAGUCUUUCACACAGUCAAAGAUCUAAUUGUGAAAAAAUGUAAACAAUAUGAAUAUGGUUUGCUAAAACUUCAACAUAUCUUUCGUUUGACGUCCGAUAACUAUAAGUUAGAAGUCAAAGUCGUAAAACGCAUCACAAAUGCUUCAGACGCAAAUGCCUUUUUGCAUUCUUUGGAGUUUAAGGAAAGAGAAAGUUUGAAGUAUGUCGUCCUGGACUGUAGUGCUGACACAGCGAGAAAGAUUAUUGUACAGCACGUCCGUGAUAUUUACAUGGGACGAAGAAAUUAUCAUUUUCUUCUUACUAGCUUGGUUAUGGAUGAAUACUUAAAUAGUCAAGUACUAGAGUUCGGAGCCAUUAAUGUUACUGGCUUCCGAAUAUUACAGCCAACAAGCCAAGACUUUCGCGAAUUUGUCCCUGCUUGGCGUUCUUUAGAUCCCGUCCGAUGGCCUGGGGCUGGAACUGAUUAUAUUUCGGCUGAGUCUGCUCUUAUGUAUGACGUCGCAAAAGUUAUACUCGAUGCAUACAGCCGCCUGUUAAGAAGAAAUCCAGAUAUUUUCAGAAAUAAUUUCCGAAGAGGUGAAGUAUAUAACAACGGCACACGAGGCAUAGAUUGUCGAAGAGCACCAGUAUUACCAUGGGAACACGGAGAGAGGAUUGCCAGGAUAUUCAAGAAGACUCAGAUUCAAGGACUGACUGGCAACAUAUCAUUCGAUGAAUUAGGAUUUCGGACGAAUUUUUCUAUCGAUGUUGUAGAAAUGACUGUGAAUAGCGAAAUGGUUAAGAUUGCUGAAUGGUCUGACAGAAAUAAUCUGACCAUGAUACCUCCUGUUCGUAAAAGAGUUCCAGAAUCUCAAGUUAUUUUUGAAAACAAAACAUAUAUAGUGACUAGCAUAUUAGAGGAGCCGUAUUUGAUGAAGAAAAAAAGUGAACCUGGUGUUAUUUUAGAAGGAAAUGAAAGUUUCGAAGGUUAUUGUAAAGAUCUUGCAGAUUUGAUAGCUGAAUAUUUGAAGUUCAGUUAUAUAUUAAAGCUUGUUAAUGAUUCUAACUAUGGUGGUCUUGAUCCUAACUCACCAGUUGGAUGGAAUGGAAUGGUCGGUGAACUUAUUGGGAAGCAAGCAGACAUGGCUAUCGCUCCUCUUACAAUAACCUCGGCAAGAGAACGAGUCAUUGAUUUUACGAAGCCUUUCAUGUCUCUGGGUAUCAGCAUCAUGAUAAAGAAACCUAUGAAGAAGAAGCCUGGGGUGUUUUCCUUCAUGAACCCACUCUCCAAGGAAAUAUGGAUGUGCAUUAUCUUCGCAUACGUCGGAGUUUCUGUUGUUCUUUUCUUAGUCAGUCGCUUUUCUCCUCAUGAAUGGCGCUAUGAAGAUUCCUUCAUUGGACCUUCAGUUGCAAAUGACUUUUCGCUCUACAACAGCCUUUGGUUCUCUCUUGGUGCUUUCAUGCAACAAGGGUGUGAUAUCUGUCCCAGAUCUAUUGGAGGACGAAUUGUCGGAAGCGUUUGGUGGUUCUUCACUCUUAUUAUCAUCUCUUCGUAUACCGCCAAUCUUGCUGCAUUUCUAACAGUAGAGAGAAUGGUCACUCCCAUCAAUUCCGCCGAUGAUCUGGCUAAACAAACAGAAGUCGAAUAUGGCACACUGAGAUAUUCCUCAACCCAAGAGUUUUUCAAGCGAUCCAAAAUUACGGUUUAUGCUCGAAUGUGGGAGUUCAUGAAUUCCAGGAAGCAUGUUUUUGUAUCAUCAUAUGAAGAAGGCAUUAGACGUGUUCGAGAGUCAAAAGGAAAGUAUGCCUUUCUCAUGGAGUCCACAAAGAAUGACUACAUCAAUGAAAGGCAGCCUUGUGAUACUAUGAAAGUUGGUCGUAACCUUGAUGCCAAAGGUUAUGGUGUUGCAACACCACUUGGAUCAAACUUGAGGGACCAACUCAAUUUGGCUGUCUUAUCUCUAAAAGAAAAAGGUGAUCUAGCAAGAUUAGAAAAUAAAUGGUGGUAUGACAGAAGUGAAUGUAGAAAUGGGGAUACGAAGGAAUCUUCGCAAAAUGAACUUACACUUAGCAACGUUGCUGGAUGCUUCUACAUCCUUAUUGGUGGACUUGUCUUGGCCAUGGUUGUUGCAUUACUAGAAUUCUGCUAUAAAGCCAGAAUAGAAGCUAUGCGAUCAAAGAUGAGCAUCUGUGAAGCUAUGGCUAGCAAAGUCAGGCUAUCGAUUACUGGAGGAAAUGAAACAGAUAGAGGCCGGGUAAUGAGUGGCUCUGUCUGAUUGGUA